GGAAUCGAGCAAGCCUCGGUCACCGGCGUGACCCGGCGCCAGGCGCCACGUGCAGCUUUUGCUCCUGACAGGCUCAGAUCAUCUCCAAUGGCACAUGUUGCCGAUCCUCAGUGUAAGUUACGGCUUUUCACUCCUCCACCGGGGGCGGUCACUUUACUAGCUCCACCACCGCCUUACCUUACCUUUCCUUUCUCACCUCCUCCCGCUUCCUCUCCCAAUAUUUCCUGGCAAUGGGACCACCUUUCCUGCUUCACCACUCCCAUCCAUUGCAUUUAGUUGCCCAUAAGGUAUUAUCCCUAGUGUAAUUUCUCCCUGGGCCUUCAUCUUCUGUCCCACCUUGCCAGACAGGCACUGGGCCCGUCCUCGGAUUCUUUUUGACGAGGUCGCGCCUCUUCCUGCCACAUCAUUUCACAUUGUACUUUCUUUCCCGAUUUCUCUAAUUCCGCUCAUUUCAAAUGCUUCUGGCACAAUGCAGCCGUCGCUGGGUCGCCGCAUUGGUCAAGGGCGACGGGUCCUGGCUGAGCUGGACCGUAACCGAGAUCUCAAUUCUCCCCGCGGUUUGAAUAAGCGAGCACCCAUUAUAUAUGCACAGGAAAACGAGGAUGCCGUCAUUGAAGGGCUUCGGCUUGGAAUCUACGAUGCCGACGAGGUUAUCGCAUGGACUGACUAUAGAGCACCUACAGCGCCUGCCGGUGAUACACUCAGCUCGGACGACGAGGUGGCUGAGACCGGCGACAUUGAGCUAUUGGAGGAGCUUGAAGAGGGCGACGACGAACUGCUGGGCGGUGCCAUGGCUGAAGAAGAUUUGGGCGAGGACAUGGUCGACGAACACGAGGACGACGAGCACGGUGAUUCCGACGACCACCUACACGGCCCCGUCUUUGAUCCUGCAGCGAUGGGCUUAAAGGAAAUCAACAACCUGGCCCACUUUGGCGUGAGCAGCCAUAAACCCGGAAACGGCGUGGAGGAGCUUCUCAGCGAAGACCUUGAUAAAUACUGGCAAUCAGAUGGCCAACAGCCACAUUUGCUCACCAUCCACUUCCUCCGCCGCGUUGAGAUCCGAGCCAUUCGCUUCUACGUCGACUAUAACCAAGAUGAGUCAUACACGCCCACCCAUAUUGUCUUUUACGCCGGCACCGGGCACCACGAUCUGAUCCAGUUCGCCGAAGUGCCGCUUAGCAACCCCGUCGGAUGGCAGGACGUUCCCAUUGCAGACUGCGGUGGGGGCGCGGACGGGCACUCGCUUUGCUGCUGGAUCGUGCAGAUGCACAUAAAGGAAAACCACCAGAACGGCAAAGAUACGCACAUCCGCGGCAUUAAGAUAUAUGCUUUGGACGAGAGCUCCAUGGGUGCUGCAGGGCGAGAUCCGACCGAGUCCUUCACGGCUAAUCUUAACUCUGGCCGUCGAGUGGCAGCACAGAGCCUAGCGGCAGACGAGGACGAGACGUAUCAAGAGUUGCUGGAUGCACUCGACCACUACCCUGUUUCCCGGCCCCGUAACGGCGACGGUGGUUUCUCCGAUUUUCCCGAUUUCAUGCGCGAUCCUGAGAUUCGAUGAAAGCAUUGCUUCAUAUGUUGGUACAGGCGAACACCGAGCGCUGUGGUUCAAGGGGUAGCGUUUCGGGGCGUGAUCUGCAUUUGUUAGGGCGUUUGCGGAAAGCAAAAAAGGUGGGAGCCGUGGGUGGGCUGGUUUAGAUGGUUUCCAUGAUACCCGAUACCCCCUGUUAUAGAAUGAUGUAAUGAUACUGUAGGUAAUGUGUUGGUAACUGGACUCGGAAGUGGCUACAAGUGGCGGUUGUACAUACAUAGCAACUUACGCUGCUCGGGCGUUGGGCAACACUAAGGGCAGAAGGUUAAUGAGACUCGGAACACAAUGACCUAUUCAUUCUCAGAAUUACCUUUGGACUGGUCAUGGGUGUAAGGCACGCUUGAAGCGAUUUUUUUCGCCAAAGAUAAGGUAUGGGCACAUUUGAGUUGCAACCCCGGGAUUCAAGAGAAAGGCCAGUGUCUCUCCAAGCGAUGCUGAUGGGC